UAAGUUGCCCAGACUGGGCUCAAACUUUUGGUUUUCCUGCCUCAGCCUCCCCAGUUCCUGGGAUUACAGGCAUGUGCCACCGCACUCGGCUUCUGUAUUUUGAACUGUAUAGAUCCACAGGACAGCGAAGGGCCCCGGAAGCAUUCUUGCUUCCUGCCCUCUGCUAGGUCAGCCCAGCCCCUUGCUGGCUGGCCUGGUGGAUGGGUGUGUUGCCAACAGUGCUGGUGACACCAGGUACAGGCUCAACAGAAAAAGAAAGUGGCGGGGCUGGGGAUGUAGCUCAGUGGCACCACGCCUGCCUCACAAGCACAAGGUCCUGAGUUCGAUACCCCGUACACGGUGAAAAAAGAGAAAAAGAAGGUGGCAAACUUACUUGCCUUUUGUGGCAGGUAAACACUGAUCCCUUAGCUCUGAACCAGGUUAUUUACAACACAAAGCCAGUGGUCAAAAGCUACUUUAUUUGAGGUGCAGAGUUUUCCCCUAGGGACUGAGGCCCUGGGCAGGGUGGGUCUGGGACAGCCGUAGGCCGUUGGCUUCUGAAUGGCCAGUGUCCCCGAGGCCAGGUGUGCUGGACAGGGCUGGCUUCCCUCAACGCCCAGGCGAUGGAAGGGAAGAGUUUCACGGGGCAGGCGGGCAGGCCUGGAACAGCGAGCCCUUCCGCCACUCUGUUGCUCAGCCCAUUCUUGGCCAGUCAGUGCCAGGGUUCUGAGAAGAGCGCGGAGUGAGGCAGUUCUAGAAUGACCGGGCCGGAACGCUGGGAGGAUGUGUGUGCCCGGCUGGGGAGGAGGUGCCUUGGGUGUGGCCGCUUCCCCUGCAGCCACCUUCUGCUUUUCCGGCCACAAGGUGCUCUUCUCGCCAGGCAGUGAUUUCUAGAAGCCCCAUAAGCCCCGCUGCCUGGGCUGUCCCUCCCUGGGGCCCCUCUGCGUCAUGCGCCCAGCCAGCACCACGCUGCUGCUGUGGGCCUGGGCCUCGCUCAAGGCCUUCGAGGUCAUGGAGAAGGAGAACGUCUUCCAGAAGACGCCCUGCCCCGCCUUCCUGAUGUUUGACAACGCCGCCUACCUGGCGGACAUGAGCUUCGAGCUGCCCUGCCACUGCAAGCCUGAGCAGGUGCCCUCAGUGGUCUGGUUCCACCAGAAGCACCUGGGCAGCGGCCACACGCAGGUGCUCACGGACUUCGACGGGCGGCUGCUGACGGAGGCGGCACAGGUGCGGGCGGGCAGCGGCGUGCUGGCCCGCUUCGCCAUCCGCAUGUUCAGCCUGCUGGUGUUCCGCGCGCAGCCCGAGGACUCUGGCUUGUACUUUUGUGGCACCCGCCAGGGCGAUUACUUCUAUGCCUAUGAUGUGGAUGUCCAGAGCAGCGAGGGGCUGGUGGCCGCCUUCCAGGACAAGGGCCAGGAGCCCUCUGCAGACGAGCAGCACGGGGCCCUCCGCGUCUUCACUGCCUUCUGGGAGUGGACGCCCUGCGACCGCUGUGGGCUGCAGGGCGAGCAGUGGCGCCUGGGCCUGUGCUACCUGCAGAGCUCCGGCCUCCCUCCGCGGUACCGCGCCACGCUGCCCGGUGUGCUGUCCUGCGGCUCACGCGCCGUGCCCAGGCAGCUGCGUGCCAUGGCCGCGGCCCACAGCCCCGAGCUGCUGGUGCGGAGUUGCUGGGUGCCGUGUGCCAACAGGAGCCGGGUGGGCGAGGGCGUGCUGGCGCUCUAUAGCUACAUGUCCAGGCUGGGCGGCAGGCCCUGGCUGCCCCAGGUGCCCGUGCAGUUCCACCAGCAGAGACUGGGCCAUGGGCUUGUCCUCUCCUGCCCCGGGGCCCGGCCUGAGCACGCAGUGGCCUGGGACAAGGACCGCCAGCCCUUAUACCUCACCCAGUACCUGAAGGGCGUGAACCGCUCCAUGAGGGUGUUCAUCGACCAUGGCCACCAGCUGCACAUCCGCUUUGCCCAGCUGGGCGACCGUGGCACCUACUACUGCUGGCGCCAGGGUGCUCGGGUGGCGGGCAUCCGGCUGGCCGUGACAUCCCAGGGGCGCCACCCAGCCCGGCUCUCGGACCCCGAGACCCGCUCUGCCCUGCAGCUCGCCCUGCUCGGCUACCUGCUCUUAGCGGCGGUCUUCGUGAGCGUCCACCUCUGCCACUGUUGCUGCCGCUGGUUCCGCUGUGGUCCCGACUUUGUCCCCUAGCCUGGGGGGGUGCCUGGGCCGGACUGUGGUGAGGACUUAAGGGCAGCCCUGUCGGUGACCACCCACUCCUGAGAUUCAGUCUUUGGCCUGCCUGAUCCAGGACCAAGGCUGGAAGGGAUGCAGCCGGGCACACACACCCCAGUGCCUCGCUCAGGCCCGGGAAGGGAACAUAAAGUAAUACUCUCCCGUGCCCACCGGGUCGAUGGUGCCUCUGGGGAUUGCGAGGGGCCCUGAGGUCCAGGGAGGAGGGAGGGCAGGCCCUGCUUCCUCCAGCCCCCUCUGGGAGUGGCAGGUGACAACCGCAGGUGUGGGGACGAGGGGGACAGGGCCAGGGCCUUCGAGGGACCGUGGAGGGCGGAGGGCGAGCCUGGGCUUCUGGCUGAGCAGCACAGGUGGGGUGUGAGGUGCUGAGAUCUGACCGGCUCGAUGCAGGGUCUCCACCCAGCUGUGCCGUGGCCCCGCCCCUCCCAGGAACAGACCAGAGACCACAGAAAGCGCAGCAGGGUCUUUAUUUCUCCUGGGCAAUGCGGUGCGGCGGGGGGGGGGGGGGGGACAACACCCUGCACCCCGAUGCAGCCCCUUGCUGGGUUCCCGUCAGAUGAGCAGCUUCCUCACUUCCUCUGCAACCCCCGGAGUCCUGGCCCCUUCCCUCCCGUGCCCCCUCGCAGCCCAGCUGGCCUCGGGCCCUGGCCUCUCUGAACCUGCUCCUAGGGCCAACAGCGCCUCGCUCCGCCCA